GUAUCCAGAGUGAGGCUACGAACUUUCACCCUCACCCUGGAUACCUAGAUAUUUAGAGAUUUGACUCUUGAAAGAUAUACUGAACAGUUCCCGUUUCUUGUAACUGGUCGUUAUCGUUACUUGUACGGUAACUGCUUAUCCGUUACCGUUACCAAGAACGUCAACUGUUCAGCAGUUACAGUUACUGUAACGCUAAUGGUAACUGUCACAGCCCUAAUAGGGGUCGUUUAUAAUUAGGAUAAACUCUGCUGAGUAUGACAAGUAAUUAAAAAUGUUUAAGUGGUAGUAAUGAUUUUUACUCUCGACAGAUACUCUGUGGUAUCUGGAUUCGAUGAAAAGUUCAACAUCUGGAUUAUUUACUUCUGUACUUUUUCUCUACUUUUCAGAUUUUAAAAUUAUGGCUGAAUACGAUUUAACAGCAAAACUCGGACGGUAUUUUGAUCGUCAUCUUGUAUUUCCUCUAUUAGAGUUUUUAACGGAACGAAAUAUUUUUGAUGAACGUGAAAUUUUGCAAGCAAAAUAUGAUCUUCUUCAACCCACAACUAUGGUGGAUUUUCAACUGGAUAUUUAUAAUAAAUUGUAUCCUGAUUCAGAAGAACCAAAAGAAUUGAUUGGCAAACGAGAAGAAAUUGUUCAACGGUAUCAAGAAUUAUGUGCAAUCGUUCAGCCACUGCUAGAUGCUGUUUUGACAGAUGAUAUUACGAGAAUGAUUGAAAAUCAACGCGAUACUAGCGUAACAUUACAACAUUUACAACAAAAAUUUCAAAUUGAGCGUAGUGUUGUUGAUACAUUAUACACAUUUGCUCGUUAUGUUUUUGAUUGUGGAGAUUAUUCGCGUGCAGCAACACAUUUAGGUCUUUAUCGUGCACUUCCAUCUGCUAAAGCUCCAUUAGAACUUCUCCAUCAACGUACAUGGUUUAUACAUUGGAGUUUAUUUGUUUAUUUCAAUCAUCCAAAAGGACGAGAUGAUUUAGUACAACUUUUCUUAAAUCAAAAUAAUAGCGCAUAUUUGAAUACAAUGCAAACGGCAUCACCUCAUCUCUUACGUUAUUUAUCAGCGGCUGUUAUUAUUAAUCCACGAAAAAAAAAUCAGAAUACACUGAAAGAACUUGUUAAAGUUAUUCAGCAGGAAUCUUAUGCGUUUCGCGAUCCAAUUACAGAGUUUCUUGAAUGUUUAUACGUUAAUUUUGAUUUUGAUGGUGCACAAAAGAAAUUACGAGACUGUACCGAUGUGUUAAAUAAUGAUUUUUUUCUAAUUGGAUGUGUCGAAGAAUUUAUGGAAAAUGCGCGUUUACUCAUAUUUGAAACAUUUUGUCGAGUACAUCAUUGUAUCACAAUUGAUAUGUUAGCCGAAAAAUUGAAUAUGAAUCCAGAUGAAGCUGAACGUUGGAUUGUUAAUUUAAUUCGUAAUGCUAGUUUAGAUGCUAAAAUUGAUUCUAAACAAGGUACAGUUGUCAUGGGUUCGCACGCAAUGUCACCAUAUCAAAUUAUAUAUGAAAAAACAAAAAAUUUAUUUAAUCGAACACAAAUGAUUGCGCAAAGUAGUGAACGAAAACGUACUACAGCUGAUACAGCGGUACUCAAGUUGGAAUUAUCAACCUCAAUCUGCAAAAUGAUGGAUGAAAGUCAAACAAGUCUAACUGAUAGUCACGCCAAAAAACGGCGUUUUACGAUUGCAGCACCACUUGACCAUAAUGAUAUAACACUGGAAAAACAACAACAGCAACAAAGUAAAUCUAGUCAAAUUGAUACGUCAACAGAUGUAUUAGAUAAAGAUUUCAAUACAUUGUACGAUAAUUGGAUACAAUUGGAUAAUCAAUUAAAAGUAUUUGAACCACAGCAUAAAGAAUAUGUACAAAAACUAGAUGAAGUAGAAGAGUUAAAAAUGAAAUAUCGAUUAGAUUUUGAUCGAUAUAUGAAGAAACUUGAGCAAAUACAAAAGGAUAUUAAAUAUCUUAUUAAACAACAAUCAAAACAGACAACAACAGCAUCCGUGGGUACUCCUCAAACAACAUCAACACCAGUCUCAAAUGAUAAAUUAUCUGAUUUUAAAUUGAAACUAAAACAGUCACAAUCUACAACUGAUUUGAUCUCAAAAUCUCAACCAUCAACGUUAAAACCAUCAUUAUCCAUGGAUAAACUAUUUCAAACUCAAACAUUAAAACCUAUUGAACGUUUACAACUAAUUGAUGAACAAUUAAAUUUAUAUCAUUCUUAUUUACAUCGUAUUGCCGAUACUCUACCACGAAAAGAUACAUAUUUACGAAUAAUAUUGGGUGCCGUUGAUGUAUCAAUAUUAAAUAGAUCGAAUAAAUGGAAAUAUAAAGAAGAAUAUGAAAAAUUUAAGUUUAUCAUAACAAUUAUUACCAUGAUAUUUUCAUUUAUAAUUUGGAUUGCAAAAAUUAAAUUUCGUGCAUUCGAUGCUAUAUUUCAUUUUCUAUUAGUCUGGUAUUAUUGUACAUUGACAAUAAGAGAAUCAAUAUUGAUCGUUAAUGGAUCGAAUAUUAAUGGAUGGUGGAGAGCACAUCAUUUUAUCUCAACUGUUUGUACAGGAAUAUUAUUAACGUGGCCAGAAUCACAGUCAUAUCAUCAGUUUAGAACACAAUUUUUUAUUUUUUCAUUUUAUCUAAGUGUUGUGCAAGUUUUACAAUUUUAUUAUCAACGUGGUUGUUUGUAUCGUUUACGUGCAUUAGGUGAAACAUGUGAUAUGGAUAUAACAAUUGAAGGAUUUCAUUCAUGGAUGUUUCGUGGUUUGUCAUUUCUCGUUCCGUUUUUAUUAGUUGGCUAUACAUUUCAAUUUUAUAAUGCUUAUACAUUGUGGACAUUAUCGUACAAACAAUAUACAAAUGAAUGGCAAGUUCGUGUAUUAGCCAUCAUAUUUUUUAUUCUUUCCUGUGGUAACACUAUUACUACAUUGAGUGUAUUGCGAACAAAAUUUCGAAAAAAACCUAUAGAAAAUAAACAAAAAUAUCUCUUGGGUAAUGAAUCAAAUUAUCGUCUAUCACAAGUAUCGACGACCGACACAAGAAAAGGAGAUCGAGUUCUUAGAAUACAACAACAUAAAUGA